AUGACUGCUCUUUCUUCAGAGAACUGCUCUUUUCAGUACCAGUUAAAUCAAACAAACCAGCCCCUAGAUGUUAACUGUCUGCUAUUUUUGAUCAUACUUGGGAAAAUAUUAUUAAAUAUCCUAACACUAGGAAUGAGAAGAAAAAACACCUAUCAAAAUUUUAUGGAAUAUUUUUGCAUUUCACUAGCAUUUGUUGACCUUUUACUUUUGGUAAACAUUUCCAUUAUAUCCUAUUUAAGGGAUUUUGUACUUUUGGGCAUUAGGUUUACUAAAUACCACAUCUGCCUAUUUACUCAAAUUAUUUCCUUUACUUACGGCUUUUUGCAUUAUCCAGUUUUCCUUAUAGCUUGUAUAGAUUAUUACCUGAAUUUCUCUAAAACAACCAAGCUUUCAUUUAAGUGUCAAAAGUUAUUUUAUUUCUUUACAAUAAUUUUACUUUGGAUUUCAGUCCUUGCUUAUGUUUUGGGAGAUCCAGCUAUCUACCAAAGCCUGAAGGCACAGAAUAUUCAUUCUUAUCAGUGUCCUUUCUAUGUUAGCAUUCAGAGUUACUGGCUGUCAUUUUCCAUGAUGAUGAUUCUAUUUGUGGCUUUUAUAACCUCUUGGUCAGAAGUUAUCACCUUGGUACAGGCUAUUAGGAUAACUUCCUAUAUGAAUGAGACUAUCUUAUAUUUUCCUUUUUCAUCCCAAUCUAGUUAUACAGUGAGCUCUAAAAAAAUACUCUUGUCUAAGCUCAUUGUCUGUUUUCUUGGUACCUGGUUACCAUUUGUACUACUUCAGAUAAUUAUUCUUUUAUUUAAAGUACAGAUUCCAGCAUAUAUUGAGAUGAACAUUCCCUGGUUGUACUUUCUCAAUAGUUUCCUCGUAGCUACAGUUUAUUGGUUUAAUUGUCACAAGCUUAAUUUACGAGACAUUGCGUUACCUGUGGAUCCAUUUGUCAACUGGAAGUGCUGCUUCAUUCCAUUUAUAAUUCCUAAUCUUGGGCAAACUGAAAAGCCCAUAUCAAUAAUAAUUUGUUAA